CUGCAGCCAGCACCACCGACAGCGCUCCGUCGCAUCUUACUGAAGUAUUAACCGGAGCGACACAUAAUUAGGAAAACGUCGAGUCUAAAACAGGCAGUGCUAUGUUGAAAUGCGUUAGAUAUGACUGAUGUCGAGGUGACGUAUGAAGACUUCAUCGCCUCUGGAAGGGCAGGCAGACGGAAUGCUGUGCACGACAUACUGGGAAGCUCAGCCGGGCUGGAUCCAAGCGGCCUCUCCCGAACUCUGUCUGAGCUCAAUAUCAGCAAAGCAGACAAAACUAAUGAUGAAGAGAAAAGCCAGAACUUGGCAGCAUCCGAACCGAAGCAGGAAGAAAGCAAAGAGGGCGGUACUUAACAGACUUCAAUGAAAGAGCAUGUGCCCUCUCUAGUGGCUGAGUUUUGAACCGACUAUACAGGGCUUGACAUUGGAGUGUCUCUCUCCCUGUAUAACUGCACUUACAGGUGAUGGCGCUGACCUCAAUCCUGUAACUCACUGUCCCUUAGAAAUUCACUCUGUAGCUGUUAGCUACUUUGAGCGACUUGUGGGAAGGAAGUAAUUGCGUUUGAAGAGAUAGUGAUAGACUUUUGUCUUUCAUGCUUACGACGGGCAACAGGGAGAUCGAUUUUGUGUUGAAACGGCACAGAAUUCCUGAUUUUGGAUUCACAGAUUAACUGCCGAAAACAAAGCAGCGAAUACACACUUAAUAGCCAUUUUUCAUAAGUGUAUAAGUGUUCUUAAUAAUUUGUUUUUUAUAUUUUUGGUUAGCAUGAGACACACUGAUAUUCACAUAACUAAGUGCUGCACUGUUAUUCAAUAUAAAUGCGGAUGUAAAACACUGCAAUCACUGAAGAUCAAUGUACAUAAAACUGUCUAGAAUAGUCUUGCAUGGCAUUGCUGCUGAGAGAAUACUGUAUUUGUGUAUAAAUGUUCACAUCCCUUAAAGGACUAAAACAUGAUCCAAACAUUUGCUGUGUGGUAAUGCUUUAUGAAGAACACUUUUUAUGUAUUUUAAAGAAAUAUCUACUCCUGACUGACACUGCCUGUUAACCAGACUGCCUUGAAAUCUCUGCAUAUUUUGUCUUCCACCUAUCAGAUCUAUGUCUUCACUUAUAAUUUACAAUUCUCUAUAUAUCAUUUAAAUUAUAUAAUUUAAAAAUAUAAUAUAAUAUAUUAUAUAUAAUAACUUAUAUUUAUAAGUAAAUAUUAUAUAUAAUA